AUGUCACACGCAAGAAUUGAAGAGGUCGAGGAUAGCGACAAUGAAUAUGGCGCCAGCGAUCCAUCAGAAGGCGAUAUCUCAGAUGUGGCCUCGGAUUUCUCAGACCGCGAUAUUAUCAAGAAGAGGACAGCGGCACCACCAGCUACAAAACGCGCACCACCUAAUGCCCAAUCUUCUCUUAUGAAUCCUGCAAAUAUACCAUUUUCUGGCUCUCAAAUUUCCACCGGCGCAGAUGGCACACAGUUUCGCUCAACGGAAGACAGCUCCAAGUACAAAGAUUUUCAAUGCAUCUAUCCAAUAUAUUUUGAUGCGACCAGAAGCCGAGCAGAAGGUAGAAGAGUCGGUAUGGAGCUAGCUGUCAAGAAUCCAGUCGCCCGAGAAAUUGUUGCUGCAUGCUCUAGACUUCGAAUCGAAACAUUAUUUGAGCCAGUUAAGACUCAUCCUAAGGAUUGGGCAAAUCCAGGUCGAGUUAAGGUCAAUAUUAGAGGGGGAAAUACAGCUAUUAGGAACAAGCACCACCUCUACACAUUGAUCGCGAAACAUCUGAAGGAAAACCCGACCACAGAACGCACAGCCAUGCAACCUCAGCUUGCUGGCAUACCACCACCUGAUCCUAGCAAACCAUUACCCAGACCUGCAGUACCCAAAGGAUGGAAGAUGGGAGAAAUAUUGCCAUACUAUAGUGCAGCAUUAUCUGGUGGUGGCAUUAGUGAGAACCUGUUCAAGGAUAUGUUGGCUGAAAUGGGAGGACAAAUGCCUGGAAUGGCUGGAAUGAUGGAUGGACCAUCAAGCAGCACGGCGUCGGAACCAAAGAAGAAGGAUAAGAAGAAGAAGAUCAAGGGCUGA